UUGACGGGAGGCCCCGACAAUUUUAGAUCUACAAGAAUAAUAAAGCCACCCAGCGAGCUUGGCCCUAACCUCCUUCCGUACCCCUCAAACAUCACACCACCUCUCACAAUAUAUCCUCCGCUCGGCUUUCGUUCGAUAACCCCACAAGCAAACGGCGUCUUCCGUGUCCCAGAGUUCAAUCCUUUACAAGAGAGGAGCGUUCGUGAUCGCGACCGUGACCCUCUGCUGAACGGCCAAGCACCCUCUGAUAAACCGAGACCCAAAAAUAAACGUGUUAAACCUGCUGAUGAGGACCAAGAGGAUGAGGCUAUUCUAGACGUGCUUUUGCCCAGACCAAGAUCAGAACCGGGCAAUGACAUGAACAUCAGUAUAAACAACGUGGUGAAGCAAGUCACCGAAGUCCUUUCCAAAUCAAGUGUACAUGAUCAGCUACUCGGUUUUUCGGCCAAAGAAGCACAGUGCACUUUGGACUUCCUUCAGGAUGUAUGUUGGAAGUCAUGUCUUUGGAACCUUUCAUAAUUUUGGUAAUUUUGGCCAGCUUCUAGAUGUGUCGGGUCUACCAAUGAUAUCCAAGCGCGCCCUUUUCAAAACCUCUCUCAAGUUGACGCGUAUUCACGAUUGUGUACCUCGGUGUCUCAUGCUUAGCGGUUUCGAAAGGACGGAAUAUUACCCAUUUGCCAAAGGUCAUUUUGGUGACCUGUGGAGAGGUAAGGUCGGAGGAAUGGAAGUUGCUGUGAAACAAGGAAGAAUAUACACAAGUGACAAUAAUGUCGAUAAAGUCCUACGGAAAAUAAGACGAGAGGCCAUCAUCUGGAGGCAGUGCGAUCACCCCAAUGUCCUGCCUUUCUACGGCAUUUAUCGUGAUUCUGCCCCUUCUACCUACUGUCUCGUAUCACCAUUCAUGGUCAACGGAUCUCUUCGUCAAUAUAUGAAAAAAACUGAUAAUCCUGAUCGACACAAACUCGCUCUAGACGUUACGCAGGGUAUGAACUACCUACACACGCUAUCCAUCGUCCAUGGAGAUCUUAAAGGGGAUAACAUAUUGAUCACUGACGACGGUAGAGCCGUUAUCGCGGAUUUCGGUAUAUCCUUUGUGAUGGGUGUUACAAGCUUUGCAACGUCGUCGUCACACAGAGGCGGCACUGUAAGAUGGCAGGCGCCAGAAGUUCUCAAUGGUGGCCUGAACACCUUUUCAGCUGACGUAUAUUCUCUAGCAUGUGUGUAUUUUGAGGUGUUUGAUGGGACAAUACCCUGGAGUGACCUCAAAGAUGGUGUCGUCAUCAAGAAUGUAUGCCUCGACAAGAUGCAUCCUCCGUAUCCGAAGCACCUGGGGUCUACUGGACAUGCUGGGUUGUGGUGGGAAGUCAUGACUAAGUGUUGGUCUUAUGAACCUGAGGAUCGACCGACUAUUCUGGAUGUCAGGGCGUCUCUGUACGGGUCAGAGAAUGUGACAACGACCGAGUCGAAAUGGGAUAGAUCUGUCCCAAUACGACUUCGUAAUCAGGCUUUAGCAGGGAAAUUAAUCAUUCCCCCGGGGCUCCCUCAGUUGUUCAAUCUUGGGGGUCGAGCCGUUGUCUGAAAUCCUAUUGCGGCGUUUCUGUUUUCAGCUUGACUGGUUCACUCACCAUUUCUAACUAUUGUAGUUCUGUUUCUGCUGCGGAUUAUCCAAUUAAGGACGAACAGAGGAUAGUUAUAUUC